GCAGCAUUGUUGUAAGCAUUUCCAAGUAACAAUUUGUUGAUCCAUAUGAGGGUAUUUGAACCAGCUGAUGUAUGCAUCUUUCUAUACAGUUAUUAAACGUUCGCACAACUACAUUUUUCCAGGUUGUCUCCUGACACGGUGUAUGCUUUAAAAUACAGGUGACGUUCUCAUAUCUGAAACUGAAUCAAUUUAGAACUGAUAUCAUCCAAUACUUAUGGCUUUUUGUUGAAGGAUUGCUCUUUCUUAGGGCAAAUACUUACUGAUGACAGUGGCAUGUUUAAAAGAGAAACAAUUUUUAAUAUUAUAGCAGAUGUGUUCUUACACAGCCUUGCUUUACAAGUACAAUUUAUGAACUUUGCAGCUUUUCUUUUGCGUUCUGCUAUAUAAAUGUAUUUUUCUGUUACUGGGUCGUAUUAUUUGAAUCGUAACAAGAAUUAAAGUCCAGCCUUAUAAUGAUUUCCAGUUGAAUCCAAUGAUUUGGGAAUCUUUAAACAUGAAGCUGUCUUUAGUAUAUUUUAUUCCUAAGACAUCCAUUUUAUUUUUUAUUUUAUGUUCCGACAAGUCAUAUAAAUCGUUCAAUUCAUUUGAGCCACAUAUGGGGGUGUUUGCUUUGAGUCAUGCAAGCCCCCAGUGUAUGCUACCUCUCUCACCUGUUCUGUCUUCCCUCCUGUGCUGGUGAGAGGAGUCCAUGGAACGUACCCCUGCCAAGAGCCUGCCCCCUGCAGAGUCGCUGUGCUAGGUAACAGUGUGCUGGGUUGGGGAUGAUUCUCACCAUAAUGAAGCCCAAAUGUCUCGACAGGCGGAACACGCUGGCAUUCGCACUUAUUACUUUAGUGCAGAAAGCAGAGAAGAACAGGAGGCUUGGAUACGAGCAAUGGGAGAGGCAUCACAAGUACAGAACCCUCCCACUCCUAGAGUGGAGAGGCAAGACAGUGAAAAUAUACCCCCUGUGAGGGAACGCGAUCCAGAAACCAGAAGCCGUGGUGAAGGAGAUGGAAGAGGUUCUGAAAAGCUGGAGAGGAGGUCUGAGUGUAGGAAGGACCCUCUUACCAAAGUAAAUGGGACAGGGACUUCAUCUGAAAGACUUCCAGAUUUGGAGCCUCCUAGACAUUUGCCAGAAGGAGAACGGCCCCCGCAACCCAAUGGUUGGGGUUUUGUUUCUUCUCCAGGCCGCCCAGCCAGUACUGCUUUUCCAGAGGGUAAUGGACAACGAAGAGGUAACAUGCCACGUAGCCACCCGGAGAAAAUGGCACAGAGACAGAACUCCAUGUCGCAGUUACAGCAGUGGGUCAACCUACGCAGGGCAGCAGCUCCUACAGAAGACAUGCAAAGCCCCAGCAGAUACUUUUCAGGAUCACACCAUAUGCCUGACUACUAUCCUCAGUAUCAGUAUCCUGAUGGUUAUCAGUAUUACACCCCUGCAUCAUCAAGACCAGACAGCAUUUGCUCUAUGUCCGCUUUUCCCCAAUGGGCCUUGGAGGAAAAACAUCAAGUUCUUCGUAAUGGAGUACCAUAUCAACCCCGGGACUGGAAGGAGCCUGGUGUUUAUGGACGCCCAGCAGAGUUAUGGGGCCCUCGUCCAGCUUUAUACUAUCAGGAGAUGGAUGCAGCUUGUGGAUCCCUCAGACGCCUCUCCCUUCAGCCUCGUUCUCGUUCAGUACCACGAUCUCCUAGUCAGGGGGCUUAUAGUUCUCGCCCAAGGGUCUAUUCACCUGUGCGGUCCCCCAGUGCACGCUUUGAAAGCAUGUCGCGAGAUGAAAGUUUCCGAGAACCAGCGGCAUACACAAUGAGGCGUUCUGUUAGUUCUCCCAAAUAUGACUAUUUGGGUGACCGUCGACCGAUGCCAACUGGAGUGUACUCAUACAGCUAUCCAUCAUCCCCCCCUCUUCAUGACAAAAUGGAUGAAAUGUUAGAUCUUCAGUUACAGAGGCACCUUGAUUUUUUGGAUCAGCAGAUGAGUGAGAGUGAGACUUUGAUCAGCAUGGUGAAUAAUAUGGUACACUCCUCCCCCAGAGCACAGAUCUUCAUGCAAGUAUCUCCUUAUGCAGAUCCAUACCGAGAAGCUUUGCAAAGCUACAAGUUCAAUGAACAGGACACAGAUAAACUCUUGGGUAGGCUGUGCGAACAACACAAGGUGGUGAGGGAGCAGGACCGGUUAGUGCAACAGCUACGGGCUGAGAAGGAGAGCCUUGAGAGUGCACUUAUGGGAACUCAUCAGGAGAUGGAGAUGUUUGGCAGUCAGACGGCAUUUCCCGAAAAAUUACUGCAUCGGAAGGAAUCUCUCCAGAACCAGCUGAUCAGUAUCCGUGUGGAGCUCUCGCAGGCCACCACGGCAUUAAAUAAUAGCAGCAUGGAGUAUGAGGUGCUGGAGGGAGAGGUCUCUGCUUUACAUGAUGCGUUGUGGGAGCAGCUGAACCUUAACAUACAGAAUGAAUUGAUGAAUAGACACAUUCAAAGGGAAAUCUGGAGGAUUCAAGAUGUAAUGGAAGGCCUCAGGAAAAACAACCCCUCCAGGGGAACAGACACAGCCAAACACAGAGUAGUUGCAGGACCUUCUACAACUUUCACCUCUAACAGUCCAGCAAGCCCUUUGAGCUCAGCCAGUCUUACAAGUCCCCUCAGUCCAUUUUCCCUCAUUUCUGGAUCUCAGGGAUCACCUACCAAGCAUACGACAAGUGAAGACUCGGGCCCCCCUCGGCCCCCUCUCCCUCUUUCGUACACUCCCCUGGAUUCUCCUCCAGCUGUCCCUCCACCCCCAGGGGAGGGCCGCUUCCAGCCUUGGCCUUACCCUAUCUCUCCCUGCUGGCCACACAGUGAGUUAAAGUCGAGCUUAGAUUCAUAUAAGAGAGAAUCACCUCAUCUCUCCACAUCUCUCCCCAAUGAAGGGGUCAGUUCCAUGCAGACAAAACCUGACCAGGAGAAUGAGAAGCAACAGGCCAUCAAUAAAGUUGGAAUUGUCCCCCCACGGACUAAGUCACCAAAUGAGGAAGGAACAUUGACAAAACCAACAGUGGUUAGAAGAGGAGGUAGCCAUGCGUCAAAUGGACAGAUUUCACGGGAGCGUCCAAAGAGUGCACUGUUUCCUAGUGAGGUAAAGUCUAAAAUGAGCGUGGAAGAGCAGAUUGAUCGCAUGAAACGUCAUCAAAGUGGCUCAAUGAAAGAAAAGAGGCGGAGUCUUCAGCUCCCAUCUGGUCAGCAGACAGAAACCAGCAUGACAAAACCAGCGGGCACAUACCGUGUGGUCCGGAGGCAUCGUAGUAUUCAUGAAGUAGAUAUUUCAGACCUUGAAGCUGCUAUCCGAUCCCAAGAAUCCCAAAGGGCAUAUGAAUCCCCUCGAGAAGAAAUUGCCCGUCUGCGCAAAAUGGAGCUUGACCCUCAGGGUUUUGAUAUGGAUAUCAACAGAGAGAUCAACACAUCUGACAAGCUCUCCACCCCAGACAAGGUGCUCAUUCCAGAGCGUUACGUUGAUAUGGAACCUGAGAGCCCUCUGAGCCCAGAGGAGCUGCAGGAGAAGCAGAGGAAGGUGGAACGGAUUAAAACGCUAAUCGCUAAAUCAAGUUUGCAGAAUGUUAUUCCAUUGAGUGACUCUGAGAUGGAGUUACCUCCUGAUCCUGAAUCUCAGCUUCAAGAGCAGGAAAAACGCAUUGAGUUAUCCUGCGCUCUGGCAGCAGAAGCUUCACGUCGUGGUCGGCUUCUUUCUGCUAUGUGUGCCACCCCGAGCCCCCCUACGUCUCCCACGUCCCCAGCUCCUCAGACCCUCCCCUCCUCUCCUGAGCGCACGGCUCUAGGGGGCAGCAGCAGCAGCAGCAGUGACAGCGCUGGGGAAUACGGGGCGAACAUCAUGUGUGUCUGAGCCACAGUCUCAGGCAGUCAAAGCUGCAAAGUUCCACCCAGCCUAGAUGAAAUGUAGACAUUCCUUUUAUGCUGCUUCCACCUGUUUCCAGAAGAUUUCACCUCGGUUCUCAACACACAAUGGGACCACACCUGCAGUGAAGAGAAGAUAUGGAAAAAAGAAGCAUUGCAGCAUUAAUGGAAAAGCAGUAUCCAGAUUUUACCAAUCUUUUUGCCAUUUGGUAUAAGGAUACUAUACUAUUGCAGACUAUUCGGAUAUACACAAGGACAUACCUAAGAAUCUCUCCAAGUAUCACCUGUUGUCAUGGUGGUCACUGCAGCUCUAUAGGAUGUCACUUAACAAGGAUUAGGGCACCAAAGUCACCCAGCUAAUGCUCAUCUUUAACAACGAAUGCUUGCAGCACCCCUCCAAGCUUGAGCUGCAUUUUCUUUGUAAAGCAAUAACCACAUCUGAAUAGCAUUCCUAUAGCCCUUCAGCUAUAUUCUAUGUGUAUAUAUAUAUAUAUCGUGUCAGGAUAACUCGUAACCUGCCACAGUCCAUUUUGCAUAGUGUACAAAACAUAUCGUUCUAUAUAUAGCUAUAUAUAUAUAUAUAUUUUACUUUAUGAUAAAAAAAAUAUUUAUUGUAUGUAUAUAAUUAUGAGACAUAUUGGUCAUUUAGGCUAUGAAAGCUACAGGGCUCUGUAUGACUGCAGGAGUCGAGUCACCAGGCACUGAGAGGAUCCAAAUAGUUCAUUCCAAUAGCAUUGCAUCACAACUAAAUGCCUCACAGUCUGUGGACCAUUUCUUUUUUAUGUUUUUUUGUUUUAUUUAGUUUUUUUUAACCAAUGUGUAAUAAGCAAAUGUAAGCUUAAGUAACUGCAAUUGCAAAUGUAACUGUAAAAAAUGACUAAAGAAGAUAUAUAUGGCACUUGUGCAAGACUUUAUUGGCUUUUUGCAAAAUAUUCUCUUGACCUUUUCAUAUAACCUUAUAAAUUUGUACAGUAUGUAACAUGUCAGACCGUUGAGCUAAAGCGAUCUUGGUUUUUGGUUCCUCUAGCAUUGUUCUACUGUGGUGCCUGACGCUUGUCGGCCAACUCUUUUUGUAUGUUCAUCCAUCUUCAGAAGAAUACAAAUCUGUGUGUACAUAUUAAACCCCAUUAAUCUGGGGCCCUUUUAAAUAGGAACCUCAUAAUAAUACAUUGUUUCACAUUUGUAACUGAUACUAAGUGGAAAUAUCUGAUUAACCCCUGAUUGUAUAGAUUAUUCCCAUGGGUGAUGAAAAAAAAAGUCCCUAACAGACUUGUGAAAGAGGGAACUUGAAUGUGUGGUAUAGUUUUGUAAAUACAGACAGGUCUUGUAUAUGCAGGUUUUAGCUUUGUGUUUCUGUCAUAAACGCCUUGUAUAUAUUCCCAAAGGUUUGUUGAAAUAUUGUGAAAAAGGAUUUUUAAUUGAAAAUAUUAAAAAUUUCAGCUGUGGCCUUCAAAAAUGAUUGUCAUAAUUGUAUGGCAAAAUGAGUGUGAGUUUUGGAGGCUGCUUAUGAAAUAUAGGAAAGAAAAACUCCAGUCUUUACCUAAUUUGAAAUUGAUGAUCAUUGUGAUGCUCAGGACUGAAAAUUGUUACCUUAAAGUGUACCUGUCACCAAAGUAAACUUUUAAUAUAUUGUUCCUUGUGUAAUUAUAAGACACUUUACUAUUUACUUGCUGUUAAAAUACUCAACCUUUAUAUGUUUUUUAAUGCGAGUGAAAAAACACCAACUAGGUGGCUCUGUUCUGUUCCCUGCCACAAAUCAAAUAGUUUGGUCUCUUCCCGGCCUGGCAGGAGACCAAAGUCAGGAAGUGUGUGCGGGGUAUGGUGAGGCACAGCUCUUGCAGGGUUCAGUGAUGUUGCACCUGCUGGGGAACGCCCACUUUCUCCUGACGGGAGCUCAAACAAUGUGAGCAAGGGGUAAGGUAUGAUAUUUUUAAAGCUCAGGAGGGGUGUAAGGAGUAGUUAGGGAUUAUAAAUUUAGAAAAUAUGGUUUGAUGACAAGUACUCUUUAAAUUGUAUCAAUGUUUUUUUUUAUUAUUAUUAUUCUAGUCAGGACACAUGAUCAGAAUUUUUUACUGUUUAAAAUCAUUCCUAGCCCGAACUGACAAUAUUUGGUGCAUUAUUGUCUGUACCUGCGCCAUCAUGUAGGAUAAAAGGGAAUUAUCAUUUGACUGACACAUUUUCUGGUGUAGGGAAAAUGUGUUAUUGAGAUAGCAGCCAAAAGCUGCUACAAUGUGCAAACUGCACUGUAACAGUGAAUAUACAUAGCACAGAGCAUUUUCAAUAUAUACUUUUGACUGGAGUUUUCUUUAAUGUGAAAUAGCCCCGUUAAAUAUUGUGAAUUAGAGGUUACAUAUACAAAGACUCAGAUAGUGUUAUUCACCCUUAAACUGGCAUUGAAGAACCAUAUUAAACAAAAAUUAUAAUAAUUGUAGAAUGUAUUAAUGCAAAGAUAACCACUUUGUGGGACAAAAACAAGAUGAAUGGUAAAUAUAUAAGGUUUUUUUAGCCUAAAACUAUCCACAGAUUAGGCCAUCAAUGGUUGAUCAGUGAGGUGUUGCUCUGAAGUUACCUAGCAUCAUCCCUGCAAAGGCUGUAAGGAGCCAGGGUUUGAGCCUUCUGGUGCCACGGCCCCGCAGGGGUUCCAAGUAUCUGCACCCACUGAUUCCCUGUGCAUAGGCCAUUAAUAGUUUUAGGUUGGAAAACCCCUUUAACAACUAGUGUCAUCACUAAGAAAUGGCAUUAAAGGGGUACUCCGGCCCUAAGACAUCUUAUCCCCUAUCCAUAAUAUGAUGUCUGACCGCGGGGGUCCUGCCGCUGGGGACCCCGCAAUCUUGCAUUCAGCAGCCACCUCGGGAGAUUCUGAGCUGGCAGCGUGGCAUGCAGCUCCCCGAGGUAAGUGCUGAAUGCAAGAUUGUGGGGGUCCCCAACCGUGGGACCCCCGCGGUCAGACAUCUUAUCCCCAAUCCUUUGGAUAGGGGAUAAGAUGUCUUAGAGCCGGAGUACCCCCUUAAGUAUGUUUUAUGAAUUUAGCAGAAUGUUAAGGUUGCAAACUGGUCUGCAAAGCAGCUGCCUCCUGCUUAAUCGUACAACUACAAAAACAUCUCCUCUUUCGUAAAGUACCUGUGCCUCGUGGUCAUACAUAUAGUAUGUCAUAUGGUAAUGGAUGCAAGUAGAUAGAGAUAUACAUAACAAAACAGGAAAUCAGUAUGUCGCAAUAGUUUAAUGGAAGGGUUUAGUGUUGAAUGAAGACAACAAAGCCAUGUAUUGACGUUAAUAUACUAUGUAAUAUCUUGAACCAUUGACCCUGUUGCGUGGAAAAUAAUGUAUACAUGUUACUUUGGUGGUAAUAACUAUGGGAGCAGAUUGGGUAACUCAGUAUUCAUGGAUUUUAUUUUUGCACUCUUAUUCUCCAUGUCAUAAACUGCUUUUAGGUUUGUCUAUGUUACUGACUUUACUAGUACUAGAAAAUAAACAUAAAAAAAAUCG